AUGCUUGGAGGUGACGACGGUGCGGCGCUCCAGAGCGGCGUGGUGGACGCCCCGCCGGAGCAUUCCGUGGAUGACGCUUCGCAUCAGAGUGAUGUGCCGUACCAGGAAAGAAAAGAGUUCUGCACAUGGCGAAAGCAUGUGCGUGACCUGUACCAGCACCUUGUUCAUAUUGACCUCGUUUGGGAAAGCCCCUCAGCGCGGUUGAUGCCAUACAUGACGGUGAAAAUGGGGUUGGCAACACAAACGGUGCUGUGCUGUGCAAGGACGGGGGGCCAAGAGCAGGCGUACAUCCAGUUGCUCUCCGUCACAACACCCCACACUGCCGAGUCGCUUGAUCGCACGUACGACACAUACUGCGACGCGACCGGUGAGGUGGGCGGGUAUGGGAUGGCAUCAAGUCAAGUAGGUAUGAAGGUCGAGCGGCGCAUGCUGCACGAUGGGGACCCAUUGUCGGUGCGCUACAUGCCUGCUAACCCUCUUGUCAUCGGAUCAGGCUCAAGUGAUGGCAAUGUGUACAUCUUUGACUGGUCACGAAUUUCGUUGAACAAGUUUCCUAAUGAUCCAUCACGACCCCGAGCACCGCUGCCGCCCAACGAACUCAGUUCGAAUCCUACAGACGAGGAACGCAUGAACUACCACAAGCGAAUGCGUGCUUUGAACGCUGUGGUGACAGAGCAGGAUCGCUGGGACAAGCGAAGAGGGGAGGGACAACAUCUUCUCACAUUAUCCGGUGGUAAUGGUGCUUGUGAAUCACUCGAUUGGAGUGUCACCUCUGAUGGGACGCUGGCAUCUGGAUCUGUUGGGCGCAUAUCUUACUGGCACGUUGCCAACACAUCGAAGGAUGAUGCACGUACCGUCACCCCUACCUACACCUACAACCUUGAGGACAGCGAAACCCGGGUGAGUGAGAUAUCUUUUUCGUGGACGGAUCCCCAUGCAUUUGUGGCGUCAUGUGAGUCUGGAGCUGUUUUCUAUGGUGAUGUGAGGGGACCAGAGCUGGCGGAGUUGUUUGCUCUGCCUUGUGGUGUUGCGUCGGUAGCCGUGUCUCCUCUCGAUGGCACUUCCUUACUAGUGGGCGGGGAAAAUGGUGAGGUGCUUUACUACGAUCUUCGGAAGAGCACAGAUGCGGUUACUAUUGAUCGCCUACAUACUAGUAAAGUCUCUGUAGUGCAGUGGUGCCCGCACUCCCGCCAUCUCUUUGCUAGUGGCGGUGGUGGUGGUGAUGGGAAGUGCUGCAUCUACAAUUCAACGACAAAUGAGUUGCUAUUUAAGCACGCUGGUCACACCGACAAUGUGACGGAUUUGUCGUGGAACUGGCAGGAGGGGCUAGAGGGUCACCUGAUAUCCGUGGAUAGCAACAGCAUCAUGCUCUGGAGGCCCAGAGACACAUUUUUUGUUUCAUGA